UGACAGGAUUUUUCCUUCCUAGGUCCCUCUGAGAUUUUGGAGACAAAGCCAUCUAGGGUUGCCCUCCUUAGCCCAGGGACUUUUUCUAGUAAUCUGUGUGGAUAGGACUAGUCCGGGUGCCCAAGCCCGAGGGGCGCGUGGAGGCCAGGAAGUGGGGAAGGUGGCGGCGACCCUAAGAGUCGGAGGGAGCGUCAUAAGGCCAGGCAAAGAGGGAUGCUGUAGGAAGGGGUACUCCGCGCUGCUGCCUGUGCUUCCGCCCUUUCAAGUGGACUCGUGCGCGAUGGAUUCGGGAAUCCCAGUGCAAUUGCACCUCCGUUUGCCAUUGCACAAGGGUUUUUCUCAGCUUUCUUUACUCAGCUAACAUGACAUCCCAAGCAGGGCUUUAAAAGGAACAGCAACUUAGAUAGAUGCAUUCUCCAUGAGGAACAGACAGUGUCUGAGCAACAACAACUCAGAGGGAUGGAGACAUGAUAAUGGAUUCUGAGUUAAUGCAUAGUAUAGUAGGAAGCUAUCUCAAACCUCCAGAAAGAGUGUUUGUUCCAUCAUUCACCCAGAUUGAUGAAUCAUCUCAGAAUCACCACUCUGUGAACUUUGGAGUAACCGCUCCUAAAAUGCUUCAUAGUCCAAAUAGCCAAGCUCUUAUUUUAGCCUUAAAAAGUCUUCAGGAAAAGAUUCAUCGUUUAGAGUUAGAGAGAACACAAGCUGAAGAUAACCUGAAUAUUCUUUCCAGAGAAGCAGCACAGUAUAAAAAGGCCUUGGAGAUUGAAACAAAUGAGAGAAAUCUGGUACACCAGGAACUGAUAAAGCAGAAAAAAGAUAUAAGUAUACAGUUAAGCUCAGCUCAGUCUCGCUGUACUCUCCUAGAGAAGCAACUAGAAUAUACAAAGAGAAUGGUUCUCAAUGUAGAGCGAGAGAAGAAUAUGAUCCUAGAACAACAGGCCCAACUUCAAAGGGAAAAAGAACAAGAUCAUAUGAAGCUGCAAGCAAAACUUGAAAAGCUUGAUGUCUUAGAAAAAGAAUGUUUUAAACUUACAACAACUCAGAAAAGUGCUGAGGACAAGAUUAAACACUUAGAGGAAAAACUUAAAGAAGAAGAACAUCAACGUAAGCUAUUUCAAGACAAAGCUUCUGAGCUUCAAACUGGACUUGAAAUCAAUAGGAUUUUAAUGUCUUCAGCAUCAAUUCCAAAAGGAUCUAAGGAAAAGAAAAAAUCUUCAAAGAAAACUAAAUGUUUAAAAAGAGGAACAUCUCAGCAAGUUUACUCAAAGUUUGGAUCAUUGCCUGUUGUGGCUGAGAAGUCUGCCAGUGCAAGUCAUUCUGUAAAUGCAAGUAUGCAAAACCUCCUACAGUUGAUGCAACAUUAUGGGCCACAUAUUCUUCGAAAACCUGCUGAAGUUGCUGAGCCUAGAUGUCUCUACAAGCCUACUAGAACAGUUUCCCAGUGUAAAGCUGUACCUCCUGACCCAGAAAAAUCUGUUUCCAUUUGUGACAAUUUGUCUGAACUUCUGAUGGCAAUGCAAGAUGAGCUAGACCAAAUGAGUAUGGAGCACCAAAAACUACUGAAUCAAAUGGAGGAAACUGAAAGCCGUUCAGUCUGUGAAGACAUAGAAUGUGAACUAGAACAUUUAGUCAAGAAAAUGGAAAUUAAAGGAGAACAAAUUUCCAAACUGAUGAAGCAUCAAGACAGUGUCCGUAAACUGCAGCAAAAAGUUCAAAACUCAAAGAUGAGUGAUGCUUCAUGUAUUCAACAAGAAGAUAGCAACCCUAAAGAAUCAAAGAACAUAAAAAAUAGCCCCAGAAAAUGUUCGCUAACUAACUCUCUUCAGAAGAACGGCAACUUUCAUCCAGUACGAGUCCAUAAUCUUCAAAUGAAAUUGAGACGAGAUGAUAUCAUGUGGGAACAGUAAUACAGUAGCAAAACUGUCACCUUAAAUGAACUUUGUCAAUGAGAUCUUAAAUUGUCUAAAGUGGUUUUAAUUUAAUAUAUCUUUAUGAAAUUUUGAAUUAUGUUUCCAGCCUCUAUAAAGUGUCAAAUUGUAGUAUUUUUUUAAUUAAUGCCUAAUGACUUCCUCGGAAUCCCAAAUAAUAAAUGAUUGCUUUUUUGUUUUUCUUAUUGACUGA